AUGGAGGCAACUGCUGCAAUAUAUGAUUCUGUAGCUGUUAAAAACAGUAGUAUUGCCAACACCUGCACCAAUAAUUUUGAUGAACGCAACCACGAUGAGAAGAACAAGGAAGAACUCCAAUUCAUCGAGGAAGUUACAAUUAAUGCUGAUAAAGUCCAAAAUAAAGUUCUGACAGAAAUCUUAUCUCGUAAUGCUCAAGUCGAGUAUUUACAAAGACAUGGUUUAGAUGGAUAUACAGAUUGGCAGACAUUUAAGAGAGUCAUGCCCCUGGUUAGCUACGAAGAUGUUAAAACUGAUAUUGAUCUGCUCAUAACUAAAGGUAAUAUCUCCUCAAUUCUAUGCGCAUCUCCUGUUUCUCAGUUUUUGCAUAGCACAGGAACUUCGUCUGGAGUGAGUAAAUUAAUGCCAACAACAUAA